CAAUAUUUCUGUCGGACGCGUACUGUCUUCGAGUGUGCAAAGGACACACCAUCUCAUUGACUGCGCCUGUCCCUACAUAGGAAGACGCAGUGAGAGCUUAGGUAAGCUCCUCCACGACCUGUUCUGCCGCAACACAACUCUACCCUUCUCCUCCAAUCACCCCUGGACUACAAAAGCCAAGGAGUAACAGCAACAAGAGAUUGUCGUGGGAGAGUCAGAGUUCUGCUCCUGGAAUACAAACAAGUCCUGUCUCUAUAACACUCCUCCUGCAUUUGUAAUCCACCGACUCUGAUGACGAAGGGGGAAAAGGUUGCUUUCACCUCUGGCGAACAGUUUAGCCUGCAGUGCUGAAAAGGCGUUGUGUUUCCAGCUCAUUUGUUUGUUUAAUGAUGCCUCAACUGAACUAACACGUAGACCUAGUGCGCUGUUCAGGAAUACAUAGGUACCUUGUAAUUGAACAACAAGGCCCAGAGUCUCGGAGUGUUCAGAGUGUGUCCGAGAUGGAUACACACGAAGCCUAAGAGCAAGAAACACCUCUGAAGUCUGUGUUGAAGCUGACGGGGGGGAGGGGGAGGGGGGGUUUCCUGUGAUAGAGCCUCCUCAUUCCGUAAACACACCCGGGGAUCUCAUCUGAGAUAUCUGUGUGUCCGCUCUCUCCGAGUCGACGAGCUACUCCCUGCAUUCUCAUCAUAGCUGUUUUAGAUGGACUCAGACUCCAGUAGCCUCGCACCAGCGUGUCUCUAAGGAUCUCUCUACAUCUACCCAUACCUGUCUUUCCCUGUCUCCCCCCGCCCUCUAUCUUUUUAAAAACUUGUAUCUCCCUCUUUUUUCACUUCUCUUCCCUACACCUUUUAUUUACCUGUCCUUCCACAACACCCAUUCCUGUCACGUACUCUCUCCGUUUAAAUAAUUAACAAUGCUUGUGUGCCAAUGACACUUUCUGUCAGUGCGAUCCGAUUCCUGAAAGUCCCAGUGGAAGCAGUGACCUUUGGAGUGGGUCGUGCCGCUGGUGUGUGGGUCGUGCUGUUCCAGAUCUCUACCUCCCCCCCUGGACCUCCUGGCCUGGCCCUGACUGUAAAUGUCACAGCGCUGGCUGUCCACGGCUGAAUCUUCCACAGGGUCAGAGGCCUGGCUGUUUUCUCUUCUUCUACACAGGCCAGGUAUCUCUGUGGGAGCCUCGCUGUGUCCAAGUGGGACAGACGGUACUCUUCAGCCCCAGUCGACCGUUGACAGCUGCCUUCUGGGAUUUAGCGUUUUGGUCUGAUUAGAAAGAUUCUGUCCGACCCCGAGAGCUUGUUCCCAUUAUACUCAAGAGUUUUCAUUUAAAGACAUUGUUUGAUUUUUCUUUGUUUUUGUCACUACCCUCUUCAUCCGAUUCAUAUAGGAGCUGGAGCCCAUGAUAAUUGCCUUUGGCUGAGAACGUGAUCACAGGUUCAUUUUACUCCCCAGUUUUAUGAUCUUACUCAAUCUCCCACUUGACAAUAACAUUUCACAGGGAUUAUGCAUAAAGCCAGGCACACCUUUUAAGUGUGUUCGCCACAGGAAGCCUUCACAAAACAUAUUCCUCCCUGGAGAGUAGCACACACUAAUCAACUGCAGUGAUUUAAAAAAAAAAAAAAAUCAAGGCCCAUGGAUGGAGUGAAUACAGGGAAAGAAAGGGCAGAUGGUCCCCUGCACUAAAAGAUCAGUAAUAAAUGAAUAAAUCAUUUGGUGGAGUGGAGUGGAGGCAUCUGGCAGAUUGCUGAGGUAGUCUCUCUCCCUCCCUCCCCCUCUCUCCCUCCCUCUCUCUUUCUCCAUCCCCCUCUCUCUCUGUCCCUCUCUCUCUCUCUCCGUCUCUCUGCCCCUCCUUCUCUCUCUCUCUCUCUCUCCCUCUCUCUGUCACUCUCGCUCUCUCUCUCUCUCUCUGUCACACUCCCUCUCUCUCGUGCUCUCUCUCGCUCUCUGUCACACUCCCUCUCUCUCUCGUGCUCUCUCUCUGUCACACUCCCUCUCUCUCUCGUGCUCUCUCUCGCAAUCUCGCUCUCUCUCUCUCUUGUGCUCUCCCUCUCUCUGUCACACUCCCUCUCUCUCUCUCUCUCUCUCUCUCUCUCUCUCUCUCUCUCUCUCUCUCUGUCACACUCCCUCUCUCUCUCUGCCCCCCCCCCUCUCUCUCUGUCCCUCCCCCUCCCCCUCUCUCUCCCUCUCUCUCUCUCUCUCUCUCACGCCCUCUCUCGUUUUAGACAGGGCAUCAUGUAGCAGCGCAGCAAGAAAGGAGGCUGAUCCGCAGUGCCCCUGCUUCUCUCUUUGUUGUUUUUGUUUGUCUGUUUUUUUAUCCCCCCGCCCCACCCCAUCCGUGUUGUAAUGACCCAUCACCACUGCCAGCCUCAGGAGAGAUGCCUGUACUUGAGAUGGCAGUGAGCCCUGUCAAGUCCCUGUACUGGGAGGUGUUCCCCCCCAUGUCCUCAUGCAGGGUCUACUGCACCCCUGUGUUCCACGGGGGCCUGCUCUAUGUUCUGGGAGGAUGCAGUGAAACAGGCCUGCCUUUAGAUACUGCUGAGGUGCUGGACAUAGAGAGCCAGACAUGGACCCAGCUUCCUCCGCUCCCUACAGCCCGGGCGGGGGCGUCGGCGGUGGCCCUGGGGGGUCAGGUGAUGGUGAUGGGGGGCAUGGACCUCCAGCAGAGCCCCCUGUCCUCCGUGGAGGUCUACAACCCUGACGAGGGCAAGUGGGAGAGGAGGGCCAGCCUGGGACAGCCCUCCAUGGGCAUCACCUCUAUAGAGAAAGAUGGGAAGGUGUAUGCGCUGGGAGGGAUGGCAGCUGACACUACGCCCCAGGCGCUAGUGAGGGUCUACGAGCCGGAGAAGGACCAAUGGCAGGCCUUGACCUCCAUGCCCACACCUCGCUACGGAGCCACCUCCUUCCUGAGAGGCAACAAGAUUUACGUGCUGGGUGGGCGUCAGGGAAAGCUUCCUGUCACAGCCUUCGAGGCCUUUGACCUGGAAAUGAAGAGUUGGACGCAUUACCCCUGUAUCCCCAGCCGCCGAGCCUUCGCCUGCUGUGCUGCCACCGAGCGGGGCUUCUUCAGUCUAGGAGGGCUCCAGCAGCCCUGCCCCCAUAACUUCUACUCCAGACCUCACUUCGUCAGCACGGUGGAGGAGUACGACCCAGAACAGGGUAUCUGGAUCAAACCAACCCGAGCAUCCAGGAUGAGGGAUAAGAGGGCAGACUUCUCAGCCGGAUGUCUGGGAGGAAGGGUCAUCGUUGCCGGGGGACUAGGAAACCAGCCGUCACCCCUGUCGUCAGUGGAGAGCUACAACCCUGUGAAGCGACGCUGGGAGUAUGCUGCCCCGAUGCCCAGCCCCCGCUGCUGCUGUGCCCCCCUGCAGACCCCCAACAUGCUGUUCCUCAUAGGGGGUGUGGCCCAGGGGCCCAGCAACGCCGUGGAGGCCCUCUGUCUCAGAGAGACUGUGUGACACAAACACAUGCACAGAGACACACACUAACACGGCUACUACACGCACUCACACAAAAAAAUACACAGGAAAUGACUGUGGCGCUAUUUGUGCAUACACCAGUACAAACACAUUAUUUGUGCACAGGUGAGGGACACACACACUCAUACAGACUCGUAUUUGACCUGGACACCUGUCACAUAGGAGUUGUUGAACAAAUAACAACAACAACAAAAAACACCACACACAAUACUAAUUUGAACAUGACAGCAUUUUCAGGAUAAAAGCAGGGUACUUUUCUGGAAAUUAAAGGAAUUUAGGGCCAUAUCUGUUUCACCACAGCAUAUCUGUUUCACCACAGCAUAUGUGUUUCACCACAGCAUAUCUGUUUCACCACAGCAUAUCUGUUUCACCACAGCAUAUGUGUUUCACCACAGCAUAUGUGUUUCACCACAGCAUAUGUGUUUCACCACAGCAUAUCUGUUUCACCACAGCAUAUGUGUUUCACCACAGCAUAUGUGUUUCACCACAGCAUAUGUGUUUCACCACAGCAUAUCUGUUUCACCACAGCAUAUGUGUUUCACCACAGCAUAUCUGUUUCACCACAGCAUAUGUGUUUCACCACAGCAUAUGUGUUUCACCACAGCAUAUGUGUUUCACCACAGCAUAUCUGUUUCACCACAGCAUAUCUGUUUCACCACAGCAUAUGUGUUUCACCACAGCAUAUGUGUUUCACCACAGCAUAUGUGUUUCACCACAGCAUAUGUGUUUCACCACAGCAUAUCUGUUUCACCACAGCAUAUCUGUUUCACCACAGCAUAUGUGUUUCACCACAGCAUAUGUGUUUCACCACAGCAUAUCUGUUUCACCACAGCAUAUGUGUUUCACCACAGCAGUGUCUGGUUGCAGUGGCUUGUUUACACAUUUUCAUUGAAUCACCUUAAAAAAAGUUGAGAGUUUAGGAUACAACUUUGGAGAAUGUGAGUGUGUGUGUUUUGGUCCCUGUUGUUAAUGUUAACGUUAACGUUAAUGUUAUUAAAAUCCCAAACUGCUGAAUACCGCCUCUAGAAUUGCCGGCCAAUACCUUCACUGUGGCACCAGGGACUCAGAGAGGAGCUCUUUGACACAAAGCCACAUUUCCCUGAAGCUUAAAGACGUGUUUUAAUACAUCAUCAUUUUACAUCGGAGUUUAGCAAUGAAACCAUGUAAGAGUUGUUUUAAAAAAAAACAAAAGCAAUAGCUCUUAACAGGAAGUCCUUCUGUACAUAUACCAUGCUUAUUCAACCUUUGACCUUUCAAUGAACUAAUAGGAAAUAGAGGGAACACCCAGAAGGGUAGUGGGAGGGGUUUUAGAGAUAGUAUUAUUGGACAGAGGGUGACGGUCACAUUAGAUUGACCUCAAAAUAUAUUUGCAGUAUGUAUUUUAUUUCUUUCCUCGCUUCACCCCUGUUGAACCCCACAUUGAUUGGAUCACGAGCUUUGACUCUGUCUGAUUACAGCAACUCCUGAUUCAUGACUGAUUAUCUUUAUCAACGUCUCCUGCUGGGUAGCUCUUCCAUGUGCUAAAUUACAGGUUAGUUAGGAGGGCUGCAGAGGGCUGGUUCGGAGGACUGCAGGAGGCCGGUUAGGAGGGCUGCAGGAGGCAGGUUCGGAAGACUGCUUAGGAGGACUACAGAGACCGUAAUGAAACUCUCAACCAUAUUCAUAUUCUAGAGACUAUUAAAUAGCUUAUGGUUUCAUUCUAGCACAUAGACGCACCCCCCCUCCCCACCCCCACACUCCCACAACCACAUACAUAUUUCUAGAAAAACGUUGUUGAUGAUGUCAUUGAGAUGUUCCCUUGGGGAGUGCAGUGUCUUUCUAAACACGCUUUAGUGCCAGUUGAUAGAUGUAUUCCUGGCUAACGUGGGAAGUUGUGUUUCUGUAUGCUCCAAGACUCAGCACAUGGAUCUGGCUGGUUGGCAACAGCAAUAAAGUGAUGGAUAGAAUGCAAAUAUAUGUACAUACGGAACUGGAUUCUCAUCAGUGGAAAGAGAAUGCUGUGUUCGGUAACAGUCUGCAGGAGGAACCAGGGUCUCUUCGGCAGAACACUCUGGUUUCUAAGCUCUUGAGUACUGUUUAGAAAGAACUUGAGAGAGAGAGAGAGAGAGAGAGAGAGGGAGAGAGAGAGAGAGAGAGAGAGAGAGGUUCUGUACUGUAAUCCUACUGCUGUUGGCUUCAUAAACAGUGUUGUAGAUCAUUCAGUACAUUUACUUUUCCCAUUUGGUUUCUUUCUAAACAGUCUAUUAGACUCAGGUUUUAUAUACGAUAUGUCUCUCUGCCUUCUCUUCCUGGGAUCAAAGAUGCUGAAUCCACACAUGACAUAUUUACAUACUUACCUGCAUUUGAUUAAUAGAAAUCAUUUCAGAACUGUCUUAUUUUUUUUUACCAUCAAAGACUCUGUUUUUGUGCGGUUCACUGUGAACACCUGGUGUCGAGGCAACAGUCACUGUAUCACACCCGCAAGUAGCAUUACUGUGUAACAGUCAGUGAAGUAUUGUUGCUUUUCCUUCCAAAAUAAAUUAGUAUUUUAAAUAAUUUGUAUUCUCUCUUAAAAAAUGUCCCUGUUUGCUAUAUUUUGUAUUUUUCCAGUUUAUUGUUUUAACACCACUGGGCUUCUACAGCUGUCUAUUUGCAUUGUGUGGGUUGAGCUGUACAAGGUCAUGUUUGUAGUGGUGUUGCCCUGUCAUGUUGACACUUGGUCUGUUCUCUCUAUGAUGCUGUGCUGUGAUGUGUUUCCAUGGUGCGUAACCAGGGUGAUGGUGUUAGCUGAUGAUCUCUGACUGUAACCUGUGCGUCCCGAACUCCUGUCUCAAUGAAGGGAGGCUAUGCAGUAUGUCUGAACAUCACAGAGGGGUUCAGUGGGAAAGAAAGCUUGUCACAAUUUUAAUUAUUUUUAUAUCAGGUUUACGUUUGAAGCAAGGAGGCCAGAUAAGUUUGCUUAGGUCAAGAUACACGUGUACACAAACACACGCACACUAAUGAUGUCACAGAGAAAGAGAUUGGAGAAGGAUUGGAGAAGGAGAUUCCUAUACAUUGUAGAAUAUGAGUGAGUAGAGGAACAGCUGUGCCAAUACUUAGUCUGUCGCUGAUCCGAAACCAAUCAAGAGAUAUCUGAAUCAAGAAGAAUAGGCCACUCCCACACUGACCUGGUGUGUGGCAACAUUCAUGUUCUAACUGACAAUCAGCAGGAAUUGUUUUAUUCCUAUAAUAUGAGGUGAGGUGAUCAGCAGGAAGUGUUUUAUUCCUAUAAUAUGAGGUGAGGUGAUCAGCAGGAAGUGUUUUAUUCCUAUAAUAUGAGGUGAGGUGAUCAGCAGCGAGUGUUUUAUUCCUAUAAUAUGAGGUGAGGUGAUCAGCGGGAAGUGUUUUAUUCCUAUAAUAUGAGGUGAGGUGAUCAGCAGGAAGUGUUUUAUUCCUAUAAUAUGAGGUGAGGUGAUCUGCAGGAAGUGUUUUAUUCCUAUAAUAGGAGGUGAGGUGAUCAGCAGGAAGUGUUUUAUUCAUAUAAUAUGAGGUGAGGUGAUCAGCAGGAAGUGUUUUAUUCCUAUAAUAUGAGGUGAGGUGAUCAGCAGGAAGUGUUUUAUUCAUAUAAUAGGAGGUGAGGUGAUCAGCAGGAAGUGUUUUAUUCAUAUAAUAGGAGGUGAGGUGAUCAUCAGCCCAAACAAUGAGUCUGAGUAGUUAUUGUCAAAAAAACAAUUGGUUCCAAAAAUAUUUGAAUUGGGCUGCAUGUGUAAAUGCAGCCCUAGAGACCGGAUGAGGAGACACGUUUAUUAGCAGACAAUGUGCAGAGGAGAGCUUCAGGCAUAUAGACAGAGCUCCGGUCUGACAGAGAGAUGCCUGGAUGGAUUCCUGUAAUUGUGUUUUGAUUAUGUUCACUGGUCCAGUAAGACAUUGUUACAGUAAUGUGGUACAGGUACAGUAACCAGGCUGAGUUGUGACUCUAGUACAGUAAGACAUUGUUACAGUAAUGUGGUACAGGUACAGUCCCCAGGCUGAGUUGUGACUCUAGUACAGUAAGACAUUGUUACAGUAAUGUGGUACAGGUACAGUAACCAGGCUGAGUUGUGACUCUAGUACAGUAAGACAUUGUUACAGUAAUGAGGUACAGUACCCGGGCUGAGUUGUGACUCUAGUACAGUAAGACAUUGUUACAGUAAUGUGGUACAGGUACAGUACCCGGGCUGAGUUGUGACUCUAGUACAGUAAGACAUUGUUACAGUAAUGUCGUACAGGUACAGUACCCGGGCUGAGUUGUGACUCUAGUACAGUAGUUCAGUGCCUAUAAAUGUGAGGUAGUGCCUCGACCAUGAAUUCUUUAAUAAACUAUUUUGACGUGCUGUCUGAUUGGAUUGAGUAUGUGUGGCAUUAUUUCUGUCUUUUUCUCUUUCACAUUAACAGGAGAGCAGGCAGCAACCAGAGGCCUCGUCUGCGCUGCGGUGUGUAUUUCAAUGUCUACUUAAGCAGAGGUGUGACGAAAUGUGAGAAAAUGUCACCUCGUUCAUUAUAGAUGAACCGGGCGGUAGAAGGUUUCUGCUCCUGUGGGGAGAAUGGAAGUGGUGUGCCUUCGAUAUAAUGACUUUGAGGUAUGACUGCACGGUCCACUGGUUCUCAAAAUGAGUUAUUUCAUUUUUUUACCAUUUCAUUGUAAAUAGUAUGUCAUCUGUACUGAGUGUCAUCAUAUUCAACAGAACGGUGUGUAGCGUAGAAUUCCAUGUGCCAUGGGACAACAAAGACUGGAAUAUGACAGAGAAGUAUUUUAUAUUUCUACUGAUGUACUCUGUUUACCAGGAGCUACUUAUAAACAUAGUUAAUGUCCCCGUUUCUAGUUACAAAGUUUCAUAAUUGUACAUCAUAAUGUCAAUGAAUAAACGUUGUCUUUAAUG